AUGAUAAAAGAUGCGAAGCAAGCGGAGGGUCGUUCCGAGGAAUUGAUCGUGGACCUGCACCCAGACCGACCUUCUUACCGGGGCAUUGCCCUGCCUGAGCAUAUAAUCUCGCUUGAGGCAGAUCCUACCUUCGAGGAGUUGGAGGGUGCAGGCGCUGUGAUUGACCAGCGAAGCGAGCCCCAUACUGUGCUUGAUGAUUUCUUCCUUAUUUCCGGGGAGAUUCCACGGGAGACGCCGUACGAAACUGGUCUGAAGAACGCAGUGCGAUAUGACCCAGAUGAGAAUGAGUGGUUCUCUGACGAGGUGAUUCAAGAUGAACGUUCUCUCAUCUGUAAUCUCAAGGGCAAAGGACUAGUUGUGUUCACAGCGUGCAGCCACGCCGGCGUGGUGAACACCACAAGACAUGCAGUUCAACUCACGGGUGGAACAGUACCUGUUCAUGCCGUGGUCGGCGGGUUCCACCUCGCCAUGAGUGAUGCAGAUCAGAUACAAAGCACAGUGAGCGACCUCAAACGACUUGAUCCCGCCGUGAUCAUGCCUGGCCACUGUACAGGCUGGCGCGCCAAGUUUGCCAUUGAAAGACAUAUGCCCGGUUCAUUGGUGCCUUGCACCGUGGGAUCGAAGAUCACUUUCUGA